GCAGACAUUUCUCCCUGAUGCGCUGCCGCUAGUCAGCGGGAAGGCGGAGCUCCUGUCUCUUGGGCCGGGAGGGGUUCCUGCGGGCCAAUGGCGAGGGGCACGAGGCGGACCCGUGGCUCCGGAUAGGCGCGGCGCGGCGCGGGGGCGUGGCUCGCUAGCGUGGUGCCCACUCCCCCCCUCCCCCCCAGCACGGCUAUAACGGUCGCCGGCUCCGCGCGCGCCCGCGUCGCGAGGCAGCGGCGGGGGGAGCUCGAGAGCCGAGUGGAGCCAGCUGAGGGGACUAGCUGUGAUGGCCACUCUUGAGAAAUGCCCAGAUCUGAGAUUCCAGCACACCAGUCCAACAGACUCUAAUACAGGUCAAAAGAGCUGUUCUUUGGAGACCGACUGGAAAACCCCAACUCUGUCUGUCAAGUUCCAGAGUCGUUUUGGUCACUGUUUAAGUCUGGCUGACAGUGGGGAUACAGCAAUCGGGACUUCCUGCUCAGACAGCACAGAGGAAUUUUGCAAUUCCAGUAGCAGUUCCUCGUUUCAGCCCAUCAAAACCCAAGUCACCAUCCCGACAGCCCAUGUCAUGCCUUCUACAUUGGAUACUUCACGCUCCACACUCUACUCAACAACAGGUGAGCCAAGCUCUUUGCAGAAUGCACCAGUUUCAUCAAAACCAGCGGUACCAAGAUCGUCCACUGAAAAUGUAGGGCUGACAAGAAGUGGAGAUCUUACUGCUGUGAAAUCCUCUCAAGUGCUGCCCAUGGAUCUCUUGCAUCUCUACGGGACUUCUGGGGAAAAUGGUUUUGAGCAGUCCUGGUUUCCCAUUUCGGAUCAUCUGAGAGCAGAAGACACUCGAAAAUUUGACAUUCCUGCCAUUGAGCCUACCCUUAAUCAGUCUGUUUUGCUGGAUACACUGUACGUUGACCCUGCCCACAAGUUCCAGGAUCCAAGCUUGAUUUCCACCUACAGAGGAAAGGAGCCGUACAAAGUGCUGCCAGAGACUAAACCAGCAGCAGGAGCCAGUGAAGUCUGUGAGCCACGAGGUGGUACUUGGCCCACUGGGAGCAGACUGGUGCCAUUAGGAUUUCAGCCCAAUAAUGUCUUUUCGAAACCAACGGCGGCUCAGUCUCGGGUGUGGAGGCAGGAGCCUUGCACUUUGCAUCCACAUCAGAGGGUCUGUGAACUCAGUGCUUGGAGGCAGCAGCUGGACAACAUACGGUUGCAGGUAGAACAGAUGCAGUUACAAAAUGGAGCUGCUUGCCACCAACCUUCAAUGUAUGCUACUUCACUGCACUCCACUGAUCCAGCCCAGUGGGUCAGUAUCCUGAACACCAGUGAGAAUCUACUUAAGGAAAAAGAGAUCCUCAUUGACAGGCAGAGGCAGCACAUCUCCCAGUUGGAGCAGAAGGUGCGUGAGAGUGAGCUGCAGGUUCACAGUGCUCUUCUUAGCUGUGCUGCCCCCUAUGGAGAUAUUUGCAUGUUGAGAAUGCAGGAGCUGCAGCGGGAGAACUCGUUCCUGCGAGCACAGUUUACUGAGAAGACAGAAUCCCUCAGUAAGGAAAAGAUUGAAUUGGAGAAGAAGCUGGCUGCUUCCGAGGUGGAUGUGAAACUGAUUCAGGAGACACUGAAGGAAACAGUGCAGAAGCAUGUAGAGGAAUUGAAGAAACAAGAGGAGAGGAUAAAGGGAAGGGACAAACAUAUUAAUAGUCUGAAAAAGAAAUGCCAAAAGGAGUCUGAGCAAAACCGGGAGAGACAGCAGAGAAUUGAGACCCUGGAGCGCUACCUGGCUGAUCUACCAACACUAGAGGAUCAUCAGAAACAGAAUCAGCAGUUAAAGGAAUCAGAACUGAAGAGUUCUGCUCUGCAGGAAACCGUGACGGCGCUGAAAAGAGAGGUUGGAGAUGUCCAGGCUGCCUGCAGAGAGCAGGAGAUGCAGCUAGAAACACAAAAACACAAAGAACUGGAGUUGCUUUCCACUGUGCACAGCUUGCAGGAUAGGAUUCAGCAAUGUAUGAAGAGUGCAGGCAGAGGGUCACCUGUCCAGGAGGUGGAGAAACAGAAAUCGGAAAAUGAUUCUCUGCAGAAAGACUGUGAUUGUCUCAGGAAGAUUGUGGACAAACAGCAGAAGAAGAUGGAGCAGUUGUCUUCCCGAAUAAAGAGCCUGGAAGAACAGGUGUCUCAGGAAGAGGGGACAAGUCAGGCUCUGAAGGAGGAAGCAAUGCGAAGAGAAAACGCACUGCAGCAGCUGCGCACUGCCGUGAAAGAGCUUUCAGUGCAGAACCAGGAUCUGAUUGAGAAGAAUUUGACCCUACAGGAGCACCUCCAGCAGGUAGAGAUGAACCAACCACUUCCUGCUGGGACAGCUCAUCUCGCCCAUGAGUUACAUAGUGAACUGGCCAGCUGCCUACAGGAUUUGCAGUCUGUCUACAGCAUUGUGACUCAAAGAGCGCAGGGCAAGGAUCCCAACCUUUCCCUGCUCUUGGGCAUUCACUCUGUGCAAUCUUCAGUUAAGGAGAAGAAUGACUUGCUGAACACAGACGUGCUUGCAAAGAAACUGAUGGAGGUAAAGCAGCUUCACAAAGAGAUCGAGGACUUACGGACUGCAAUAUCUGACAGAUAUGCACAGGAUAUGGGGGACAACUGCAUCACGCAGUGAUGGAUAAGCUCUCCCCAGGAUAGCAUCGGAACAACUGGAAAUGAAAACCUGAGGAGAUUCGAGCUCAUGGAAUGGAAAAAACUAUCAGGCACCUUACCAUCUCCAUGCUUAGGUACAAGAUGCAAGUGCUUAUCCACAAGAGGAAAUCAGGGAUUCUGAUGCAAGGUCAUUUAGAUGCUGACUGGCUAACUGGAACUAUUCAGGGUCUUUGGUGUUCGUCAGACAUUGCAGCAACUUUGAUCCUUUGGAAGGUGUUGCGCUGGAUUUGGUGUAGUCUCUGAUUCGAUCUGGUUGGGUGAGUUACUAGUUAUCUUCCAAGUAUGUCAAAUACUGAACAUGGAAACACAAGGAUUCAAACUGACAUGAGAAGGAAGUGGAUGCCAUGGCCUCUGCCCUUUCUGGUAAUGAACAAACCAAGUAGAUUCCUUCUGAAUAUUCUGGCCUUAUUGAUUGCACAGAAGGGUUCAGAGGAAGUCUGUGGAGUUCAUAGACAAGCUGCUACACCAGUAGCACUGUUCAAUUGUACCUAGAAGUACAGUGUUACAGGCUUACCUGCAACAACCAUGUACGUGGUUCUGGCCCGGAUAAAUAGUGUGUGGUCAUUCGGGUAACCAAGUCUGCAUUGCUCAGGUAUACGCAACUGAAGUCUUUCAGUAGCCAACAGGCUGGAAAAAAGGUGAGGUUAAAAAUGGGUUCUGAAAAUGCUAGUCUUGAUGAGGCCUUAGGAUUUUAUCCCUUUAACGGUGAUCUGAAUGUGGAGAGUAGCAAGUGGAUUGCUACUGAAGUGCCUUAAUCCUCUAGAGAAAUUUCCUGCCUACUUAACUUCAUCCCUAAUGGAUCUGCUGGUGGGGUGGGGGAACUGGUCUUUCUCCUAGCUGCCUUUAUAGCCAUAAACCAAUCCUGCAGCAGCCUUGGGCAUACAUACACUCUGCCUGGGAGGUCAGCUCCCUGCAAACGGCAGAGAGCCUUUGCAGGCCUGCAGCAGUGUUCUUGCACAAACACCCUUGCGGCCUCCCUGUAGAUGUUCAGUGGGAGAAGUGACCAUACUACAUUCAGAACCUUUGCAUGGGGUACGAUCAAUGUUCUGCUGUCUGGGAUCUGCAUAGGGUUUUCCCAAAAGUCCUGCAGGGUGAUGACCCCCUUAUAUGUCUGCAGUGCAGUCACAGGGAGUCAUUGCGGCUCACGUAGACACACUCGCUAGAUUAAAGCUCGCUCAAUACCAGAGCGGUGAAAUCGUAGCAGGGUGCGCUAGAUCUGCAAGCAAUUACCUAGGAUUCUGUGUGCGCUUGUACAGCCUGCACUGUCACAGCUUUUUUGCUCCAGUUCCUGAGCUAACUAGGUUAAAGCUUGCUUGGUUUAGGGUACAGCAGCUGCAACCGCACCUUCAUGCAGUACGUGAGCUGCAACCGCACCCUGUGAAUGUAGUGAAGACAGACUGAUGUCAAAAUACGCAAAUGAAAAUUCUUUUCCAUUCUUGCAUUUUGUCAGCUCUCAACCUUAGGGAUGACUCUGAAGUACUAAAUGUCUGCUUAGAUGGGAAAGCACCAUGGAGCUAAUGAUGAAACCUGCUGGCUGUCCUUUUACUCUUGGUUCAGAAGCUAAGAAGUCAAUUCAGUCAGAUGAAAACCCUGCUGACAUGUAUUAACAUUUGGCUGUUGUAGGUUUGCAUCCUUCCUUUGGGGCCGAUCCCCAGUUCUUUGAAGAUGCUGUUCCUGGUGCACUUUUGUCAGAUUUCAUUGAGACCAAUAAAAUCUGUGUUUUGAAAUAUGGCCACCACAAUGUAUGUUCUGGAAACCACCUGGCUAAUAGGCUACCCAUGACUAAGAUCAAAAAGUAUCUGAUGGGUGGCUUGUUAGCUGGUAUAUUCCCUGCUGGGCAGCUACUCUAUCAUUCCAGGAACAUCUGGUGUGAUGCCUGGUAGCAUAAUAUGGAUCGUUGCUUAUAAUCAUGGCAUCUCUCCACAGGUGUUGCUUCCAGCCAGCUCCCUUGCUGAGUUACUUAGACAGUGGGCCAAGACAAUUUCUUGAAGUCAGUUGCCCAGACUAUUGAGAAUACUAUGGGCAUGACAGGACUAGCAGCACCAAACAGGAGUGUUGCUGGGUAACUGGAAACCUUGGUGACCAUGUUGUUCAACAAAGAUGCUGUUAGCCUGCCAGGGAAUCUGCAUUUAGCACCUGACUUUUAAAGCAGCCUCACCCACCUUUCCAUUUAUACCCACAAAAAACAUGCAGGGAGGAAGAGAGGAGAUACCUACAUGUUCCCAGUGGCACCCACAGAAUUAUGGGUGCAAAACCAGAAUCUAGGUCUUAAGAAAUGAAACCCUUAUGUAUUUAAGCUGAUACAGAGCGGGGCACUGCACUUCCGUCCUUGGGGAAAGAGGUGACAGGCUCCUAUGUGUCACGGGUAGCGUAUUCUGUGUCUGUGAGAGAGAGGGGGAUUCAUUUUAAUCCUUUUGCAAAGGUUUGCAUUUAAAAAAAAAAGUUCUUUGCAUACCUUGUUGUUAACGUAACUUCGGUUAUAGCAGGUAUCCACCAGCUUUGGUGGCUCUUCACAGAGCACCUGAGACCCAGGUAUCCAAAAUAACCAUGUACUGUAGUUUGUCUCAUUGCUUACGCAGGACAUGUUUAAAUAGUUGACUUGUGCCUGGUGUUUCCUGUACAGUUAAGCACAGGUAUAUUUAUAUGAAUAUUUGUCUUAUGCAGUUGUUUGUACUGAGUAUUUUGAUUAUAAAAUAAAGCUGCUUUGUUCGUGUUGUGCAGAGCAAUUUGG